AGUGCCUGACUGUGGACCCUGGAAGGGAGAAAAGAGCACCGGAAAAAUGCAAAAGAAAUUAAAAACGGAAAUGGUGGAAGACUUGGGGGCGAGUAGACUCUAUCGGGCGCCGGGUGAAUCAAGUCACCAGCAGCCUCAGAGGUGGUUCAACGCGGCAGACAUCACAGUGGCUCACCAGAGCAGCCUGCUGAAGCAGCUGAACCAGCAGCGCCGCCAGGAGCUCUUCUGUGACUGCAACCUGCUGGUGGAGGGUCAGCUCUUCAGGGCCCACCGCAACGUCCUGUUUGCCAGCAGUGGAUACUUCCGCAUGCUGCUGUCCCAGGGGCCGGACGGGCUGGCUGACUCCGUUGAUGCCACUUUCGACGUCUUCAGCCCCGAGACCUUCACCGUCAUCCUGGAUUUCAUCUACUCCGGCCAGCUAGACCUCUCAAGCCACAACGUGAUCGAGGUGAUGUCAGCAGCAAGCUACUUACAGAUGAACAAUGUCAUAAACUUCUGCAAGAACUUCAUCAAAUCCUCCUUGGAGAUCAGUGUGAAGGAUGAAGACAGUGAGCGCUGCCUCAGCGUGUCUGAGACCUGCAGUUUCAACAGUGUAGCAGGGGAUGAGACAUUAGAGCAGCAGCAGCAGCAAGGCCCCAGCUCUGUCAGCCCACCCCCUGCGCUCUGGACCCGGGACAACUCCAGAUCACAAUCUAGCUUUAUAGGGAAAGACUUAGACCAGGAGUCAUCGGCCUCAGUGAUGAAGACUAACCCGAGCAGCCCUGCUGAUGAUCUCCAUGCAGAGUCAGAGGACCUGCAUGACCCUCAGGAUCCUCUGUACACCCUGCCUGGAUCAGAGCGCCGGAGAGGUAAAGGGGGGACUAAGAGGAAAGGGUCCAACAGCAAUCGCUCCAACCAACCUGAGGACCUAGACCUGCAGGAGGCCAGGACACAAAAGGCUGAGAAGGCAGAGGAGCUUUAUGCUACUCUGCCACCUAUUGUGGGUGUAAUUGGACACUUCAACAGAGACUCAAACCCCAUUAUGCGCUUCAAAUGUCCCUUCUGCACACACACGGUGAAAAGGAAGGCAGACCUGAAGCGACACCUGCGCUGCCACACUGGAGAGAGGCCGUACCCCUGUCAGGCCUGCAAUAAACGUUUCACUCGCCUGGAGCAUCUUCGGAGCCAUUUCGAGACGAUCCAUCAAGCCAGGAAGCUGGUUUGCAGGAAGUGUAAGUGUCAGGUGACGGAGGACACUGGGCAUGUGGUGUGUGAGGGCUCACGACGAUACCGCAUGUGCACCGCAUGCAUCCAGGAAGUGGAUUGUGAUGACAUCCCCAUGGACAGUCUAGAUGGCGCCAAUGAGGAGCCGGCACUAUUGUUGGGAGUAGACGGGGAGGAGGAGGGGGACAGCAAGAGGAGCUGGAUGGUAACUGAGGACGAUGACCUGGCUGAAGACUCGGGGGCCGACCUCAUCAUCCAACAAGUGGACGACAGCGACGAGGAGCUGGAGUGAAAUAUUGUGUGUGUGUGUGUGUGUGUGUGUGUGUGUGUGUGUGUGUGUGUGUGUGUGUGUGUGUGUGUGUGUGUGUGUGUGUGUGUGUGUGUGUGUGUGUGUGUGUGUUGAAGCCAUUCAGGAUAAUUUAUGAAUAACAUAUGUGAUCCACUAAUGUAAAGAUAUACAUUUAUGAUAUAUUAGUUAUAUAUAUAUAUAUAUAUAUACGUCUAUUAGUUAAAUGCAACCGGUUAAUGGUUACUUUAAAUGAGAAGUUGACCUUAAUGACAAAUGGAAUGCUUUUUGUUAAACUUCAUGCAGUAUCCAAAGCAUGCAUUGUCAGUGUUUCCUUUGCCUCUGUUAUUGUUAAAUAAUAACUCUUUCAAUAGUUUUUUCAUAUGCAUGGAAAAACACUUUUGUUACUUUUCGAGUCUUUCUGCUUUGAUAAAUGCUGGCGUUUGAACAAAACAAAGUGACAUGUUAUGACUCUACUGCUGUUUUCCUGCUCACUGUAGGGAAAGUCAACAGCAGACUUUUCUUUCCCUCCCAAUGUCACAAAGUUUUUCUAUGAUCAUUUUUGAAUAUGAUAUGCACUAUAGUAUAAAACCAAUUAUAAUGUAUUUGUCUGUUUCUUUUUACUUUUUGACACAUUAAA